AUGUAUCUCUUCUUGUGGUUCUUCUCUUUUUUGAACCUUGCACGCUGCACACUGCUAGCCCUGGUCCCGGUUGGGCCGCUGCAAGUCAACUCCCGCAAAUGCCGACUAACUAGUGCUGCAUGGAGUAAUUUACGAAAGCGCGUCCGCAAACAAAUAACUAGCCAAACUGAUAUACUGGUUGGGUCGAGCCUUGUAUGGCAGCCAGCCAGCCAGCCAGCGGAUUGUUUGCUUCUCAAUGGUGAUCAUUCAACAUUCCUGAACCUUCGUGAUCUGUUUUCGGAGAAGGUGAUCAGCCGAAUCACUCCGGGGGUGGACGAUCUGCAACGCCGUCACUGUUAG